AUGAAUCCAUGUCGAGACCGCGAAUUAGACCUUAGAGGUUAUAAAAUUCCACAAAUUGAAAAUUUGGGCGCUACUCUGGAUCAGUUCGAUACCAUCGAUUUUUCUGAUAAUGAUAUACGAAAGCUUGAUGGUUUUCCUUUAUUAAAAAGAUUAAAAUGUUUGUUUUUCAAUAAUAACAGAAUUGUGAGGAUCAGUGAAAACAUGGAACAAUAUUUACCAAAUCUGGAGUCAUUAAUUUUAACUAAUAAUAAUAUUAGUGAGCUUGGAGAUAUAGAUCCAUUGACAACACUACCUAAACUGAAAACUUUAUCAUUGAUGCACAAUCCAGUUGCUAACAAACAACAUUACAGAGUUUAUGUAGCAUUUAAAUUUCCCGAACUAAGAUUGCUAGAUUUCAGAAAAAUCAAGCAAAAGGAGAGAGAUGAGGCAAAUACCUUAUUCAAGAGUAAAAAAGGGAAAGAAAUACAAAAAGAAAUUUCCAGGAAAGCAAAAACAUUUGUACCUGGAGGCAAUAUGCCUGAUCCUAAAGUUACAAAUCUCAACCCUCAAGAAAUUCAUAAAAUCAGAGAAGCUAUUAAAAAUGCUUCUUCCUUGCAAGAGGUUGAAAGGCUUACAAGAAUGUUGCAGUCAGGACAAAUCCCAGGACAAAAACCAUUACAGCCACCCAGUCAAGCCAAUGGCCAACAAGAUCAAGAUGAGGAGAUGGAAACAGAUGGAGGAAAUAAU